AUGGCUGCUCCUUCCGCGGAUCAUACCAAUGAUGAAAGGUUGGCAGAGCUGAAGGCCUUCGACGAGACGAAGGCGGGGGUCAAGGGGCUUGUCGAUGCCGGAAUCAAGACCAUCCCACGCAUCUUCCUCCUUCCAGCCGCGGAGAGAGACGCCAACGAGGGGGCUCCCGACCCGCCGGCACUGCCGCUCCUCGAGCUCCCCGUCGUCGACAUUUCCGCCGUCGUGGGCGGCGGGCAUGGCGAUCUGCGCCGGAAAGCGGUGGAGCAGAUCGGACUGGCCUCCGAAACCUGGGGCUUCUUCCAGGUCCUGGGCCACGGCGUGCCUACGGAAGUGCUCGAGGAAAUGCUCGCCGGAAUCCGCCGCUUCAACGAGCUUGGCGCUGCGGAGAAGGCCGCCUUCUAUACCCGAGAUCCAGCCAGGAGGGUGAGGUUCAACAGCACCUUCGACCUGUUCCGGACCCGCAGGGCCAACUGGAGGGACUCCUUCGGUUGCAUCGUAGCCCCGGUCCCCGUCUCACUGGAGGAAAUCCCGGUGACCUGCAGGGAGAUUAUCCUCAAGUACUCCAGCCACAUAGCGAAGCUGGGGGAGACCCUCCUGGAGCUCCUCUCCGAGGCCCUCGGUCUCCGACCCUCCCAUCUAAAGGACUUGGGGUGCAACAGAGGGCAGAUGUUGAUCUCUCACUACUACCCGCCAUGCCCCCAGCCGGAGCUCACUCUCGGCACGAGCCCCCAUUCCGACUCUGGGUUUCUCACCGUCCUCCUCCAGGACGACAUCGGCGGCCUCCAGGUGCGCCACCAGGCCCGGUGGGUAGAUGUGCCGCCGGUUCCAGGAGCUCUGGUUAUCAACGUCGGCGAUCUAAUUCAGGUAUACUCGCCGCAUCCCUAAUUUCCUAUCCGAUCACGCUGACAAUCACCGUCGAUGCUUCUUUUCCAGCUUAUCACCAAUGACAGGUUCCAGAGCGUGGAGCACAGGGUUCUGGCGAGCCGGCGAGGCCCGAGGAUCUCGGUGGCCACCUUCUUCACCACCAACGACGACUCCAGUAGCACGACGGUUUACGGCCCAAUCAAGGAGCUGCUCUCGGAGGAUAAUCCCCCAAUUUAUCGAGAAACUUUGGUCUGCGAUUACGCCGAACACUUCAAUAGAAAAGGCCUCGCGGGAAAAAUGGCCCUCUCUGAUUUCAAGCGCAUUCCAAAUACGUCAAUAGAAGUGUACAAGGAAUCAUAA